AAAAACAAAAGAAAAAAAAACAAAAAAAACAAAAAUUAUACGGGGUUCCUUGCUUUAUCUUCACCGUUGGCUUCACUCCCUCUCCGACGGAGGAAAGAUACCACCGCUUUGCUUCACAAUCACAAACACACAAUAUUCGACGACUGUGACGCCUUUCACAAAACGCACCAGCUUCUGAAUCUCAAACGAUUCUCGACGAAGAUGGUGAGGAUAAUCCCCAUGGCCUCCUCCAUCCGACCUUCCUUGGGCUGCUUCUCUGCCUCUCCUCGCUUCCCCGUCUCCUUCCUCUCCCGGAAUCUCCCUCGCACCCUUUCUUACUCUCAUGUUCCUCAAUCACAUCUCUUUGGUACAAAUACUCAUAAGCUUUUGAGAAGAAGUGUAAACUGCUUAGGAGUAGCUGAAUCUGGAAACGCAGCUCAAGCAAGCACAGCUACUACUAAUCAAGACGAUCUUCUCAAGUGGGUCAAAGAUGACAACAGACGAAUGCUUCAUGUCGUUUAUCGUGUUGGCGAUUUGGACCGGACAAUAAAAUUCUAUACAGAAUGUCUUGGAAUGAAGCUUCUACGCAAGCGUGAUAUACCAGAAGAGAAAUAUACAAAUGCUUUCCUUGGUUAUGGACCUGAAGAUUCACAUUUUGUAAUCGAGCUCACUUAUAAUUAUGGAGUUGAUAAGUAUGACAUCGGGGCAGGUUUUGGCCACUUUGGUAUUGCUGUCGACGAUGUUGGGAAAACUGUAGAGCUUAUAAAAGCCAAAGGGGGCAAAGUAUCACGGGAGCCUGGUCCUGUCAAAGGUGGCAAGACUGUGAUCGCAUUCAUUGAAGAUCCUGAUGGUUACAAAUUUGAACUCUUGGAAAGAGGUCCUACACCAGAACCUUUUUGCCAAGUUAUGCUCCGUGUUGGUGAUCUCGACAGGUCCAUAAAAUUCUAUGAGAAGGCUUUUGGAAUGGAACUUCUGCGCACAAGAGACAACCCAGAGUACAAGUACACAAUAGCUAUGAUGGGAUAUGGUCCGGAAGAUAAAUUUCCUGUCCUAGAGCUGACAUAUAACUAUGGUGUCACUGAAUAUGAUAAAGGAAAUGCUUAUGCUCAGAUUGCAAUAGGGACGGAUGAUGUGUACAAAACUGCAGAGGCUGUAAAACUCUUUGGUGGGAAAAUCACGAGGGAACCUGGUCCCUUACCAGGUAUAAACACGAAGAUCACCGCGUGUUUGGAUCCUGACGGUUGGAAAUCGGUAUUUGUGGACAACAUUGACUUUCUCAAAGAACUGGAGUGAGAGGAGAAAGGAAGCACCAAUAUGGCUAAUUAGCUAUGAGUGAAACAGGAGGAGGUGCUUGUUUGUUUUACUUACAUCAGUUGGGGUUUAAUAUAUAUCUCUCAGUGGGACUAUUUGUUCAAAUUUAAUGAUUUGCUUUUCAAAAUCUAGUAUAGUUUAUUCUACAGAUAAUCCUACGCUGUGCCUUGUAUAUCAGUCCUACUCAUACCAUUAUUGCCAUUGAAAUAAGAUGAAAAGUGAAUGAUAAAUAA